CCCAUCCCGACGGCCUUCAGGAAAAACUAACCCCCAACGUCGUCACCUCCUGUUGGCGGACCCGUCCGUCUUUCUCACCUGGUGAUAUUACACACGUAGGAAUAAACUUUGAAGUAAUACAAUGAUGAUUCUUCAGCACUUGAGAACUGUAUUCAGAGCUACAAGCCUUUGCCUUCCAAGUUCACAAUUACAGCAGUAUCUUAAUAUCAAUAAAAGGUGUCUGAAUACUAGAUUAGUUCAUGGUCAAAGAAGGGUUGUUGUCACGGGUAUAGGAUUAGUAUCUCCUCUUGGUGUUGGAACCCAGUUGGUUUGGAACAAUCUUCUCCAAGGAAAUUGUGGGAUUGUUGCCCUUGAAGGGGAAGAAUAUGCUUCUAUUCCUUGUAAAGUUGCUGCUUGCGUGCCAAAAGGGGUUGAUGAAGGUCAUUUCCAUGAAGAAAAUUUUAUAAUAAAAUCAGAAAGCAAAACUAUGUCUUCUGCCACCAUCAUGGCCAUAGGCGCUGCUGAUCUAGCAUUAAAAGAUUCUGGUUGGUCUCCGCAAUCUGACCAGGAUAGUUUGAAAGCUGGUGUGGCUAUAGGAAUGGGAAUGGUUCCCCUGGAAAAUAUCUCCGAUACAGCCUUGACAUUCAAAACAAAAGGCUACAACAAAGUCAGCCCAUUUUUUGUUCCGAAGAUUUUGAUCAAUAUGGCAGCAGGUCAUAUUAGUAUCAAACAUCAAUUGAAAGGACCAAACCAUGCUGUGUCCACUGCUUGUACCACUGGAGCACAUGCCAUUGGAGACUCUUUUCGAUUUAUAACUCAUGGUGAUGCUGAUAUGAUGUUGGCUGGAGGAACAGAAGCUUGUAUUAGCCCAUUGUCUCUGGCUGGAUUUGCUAGAGCUCGGGCUCUGAGCACUAGCUUUAACUCUAACCCUCAAAAAGCUUGUCGUCCAUUCCAUCCACUAAGAGAAGGAUUUGUUAUGGGAGAAGGUGCUGCAGUUUUGGUUUUGGAAGAAUACAUGCAUGCUAUCAAGAGAGGAGUCAAACCAUAUGCAGAAAUUUUAGGCUAUGGACUGUCAGCUGAUGCCUGCCACAUUACAGCACCUGAUCCAAAUGGAGAUGGAGCUUUAAGGUGCAUGUCUGCAGCAAUCAAAGAUUCUGGAAUUUCUCUGGAAGAUGUAACAUACAUCAAUGCUCAUGCUACCUCCACUCCACUAGGAGACGCUGCAGAGAAUCAAGCUAUCAAAGACCUGUUUAAAGAUCAUGCUUCUGCUCUUGCAGUCUCUUCAACUAAAGGAGCAACAGGUCAUCUCUUGGGUGCUGCAGGGGCUAUUGAGGCAGCAUUUACUGCUUUAGCUUGUUACCAUGGUAUUUUGCCACCUACUUUAAAUCUGGAUCAGACAGAGCCACUAUUUGAUCUCAAUUAUGUUCCUCUAGUACCACAAGAAUGGAAAAGUAAAAAGCGGCUUAUUGCUCUUAGCAACUCCUUUGGUUUUGGUGGAACUAAUGCAUCAUUGUGUUUUGCCAGUAUUUAAUAUUGCAAUCUCUAUAUGUAAGUACCAUGCUCCCUCCUCCAUUUACAUACCAACAAAAUAUAAGUAUAAAUGUAAA